AUGUAAAGCAUUCAUUGCGCAAUAAUAUUGACUUGGGAAGGCGUCGUUUUGAAUUAAUUAGUAUAAGUAAUGUUGUGAUCAGCUGACCACUCAUUCAUAAUUUGACCUUAUUAUAAGAAAACAGAGCCCAGCUAGUACAAUGUCUGAUACAUCAUUUAGUGUGACAAAAUUUCUGUCCAAUAAGAAGUCUAUGCUGCAAAGUUUAAUUGAUAAAUUUAUGUCUAAAGGACAGGAGAAUUCUGUUGGUCCAAGCUUUGAGGAGGUUACAUCCAUAGCUCAGUCCAUACAAGGCAGGACCAAACAUCAUCCAAAGAUAGGCAUUGUGUGUGGGUCAGGACUAGGGGACCUAGCAGAUCAAGUCCAAGAUGCUGAUGUCAUUCCCUACAGCGAAAUACCAACUUUCCCAGUCAGUACAGUACCUGGUCACAUGGGAAAGCUGGUGUUUGGUAACUUAGAGGGAAAACCAGUAGUGUUGAUGAGAGGACGUCUGCACUGCUAUGAAGGCCAUCCAAUGUGGAAGACUACAAUUCCAAUUCGAGUUAUGAAGGCUCUCGGAGUCACUACUGUGUUACUGACCAAUGCUGCGGGAGGCAUCAAUCCAGAAUACAAUGUCGGAGACAUGAUGAUUAUACGGGAUCAUAUAGAUAUGCCUGGUCUAACUGGGGAGUGUGUGCUGCGUGGAUAUAAUGAUGAAAGAUUUGGUCCACGUUUCCUAGCAACAGUAAAUACCUAUGAUGCUGACCUUCGUGCUACUUGCAAAAAGGUUUUUGAAGAACUUGGUCUAAGUAAAUACAUGAGAGAAGGAACUUAUGUAAUGAUUGGGGGACCAACCUUUGAAACUGUGGCUGAGUCAAGGUUACUUAAAGCCUUUGGUGGUGAUGCAGUAGGAAUGAGCACUGUUGCUGAGGCCAUUGUAGCCAGACACAUGGGCCUGAAGGUGUUUGGUCUCUCCCUUAUUACAGAUAAAUGCUGCUUAAGUUACGAUUCCAUAGAGAACACCACUCAUGAAGAAGUUCUUGCCAUUGGUCAAAAGAGAGCCGCAGAUCUUAUAGCCAUUGUAAUGCGACUUGUGAAGCAAACUACGAGAAGAUUGAGACAUUUGAAACUAGUCGCUGUGAGAAAUUUGAAAUGCCAGUUUCAGUUUGGGAAAGAACUCAGUGAACUUGAGACAUUUUUCAGUCUGCACAAGGACAGGGAGAGUAAAGAGUUCUAUCAAAGUGAGACCAUCACUGCAUCACUGAAUCCUUCAUGGCAGAGCUUUGACAUAAGCAGAUAUGAAGACAAAAUUAACACCACAUGUCAAUCUCUUCUUGUACGAGUGUGGGUGAAACACAAGUCCAGCAAGCGCCUCCUUUUGGACUGGAUGGUUGACCUUAAUGCACUGGAGUACUUUGCUGACAAGCUCCAACAGGACAAAGGUGUGAAGUAUGCACCAAAUACAGUGAUAUUUGGAAUGUUUGAUCAUUUCUUCCAUGCUCCAGACAUAAAAACUGUGGAGGUUAGUGCUGGAAAUGAUCAAAGCAAGUCUGGUGAGGAAACAGCUGCUAAACCCCUGUCACUAACCAAUCAGUGUUUCUUAAAAGUGGAAAUAGCCAGCACCAAAAAAUCGUACACUACAAGCUCUCUAUCAAGAAUUUACACUGUAUUACGAGCAAUAAAGCAAACUCAAGCUUCAGUGCAUAAAGUUCGAAGGUCAAUUGAAGACAAGUUACUAUCUUCACAAGAGACUACAAGAAAGAGGGCACAGUGUGAGGACUUGAUCCUCAAGAAGGAACAACUCUGUUCUGAAGUCAUGUGGAGGACAGCAUCUGUCAAUAAAAUGAAGGACCAAGCAGAUCAGUGUCAUAACUCUAACAAAGAACAAGACACAGCACUGAAAAAGAAUUGGGAGAAGUUGAGAGAGAAGUGGAGGGAACAAGGGGAGAAGAAAAAGGACUACGACCAGACAAGGGAAAAGCUGAUAAAAGAAAAUGCACAACUAUUUAUCAGAAGAAAACAACUAAUCAGGGAAUUAGCUGCCUAUAUUUAUCCUAUCACCGAGAAAAAAGGACAGUAUUUUAUUGCUGAUGUUUGCUUGCCAAAUUCAGAAGAUUUUCAAGGUAAAGAUGACAAUAUGAUAGCAGUUUCCCUUGGUUACACUUGUCACCUUCUGCUGAUGAUCUCAAGUGUCCUUGACAUUCCAUUGAGGUAUGGCAUGGACCAUCAAGUCUCAAGGUCAACCAUUCAUGAUCACAUCCAUACUAAACUGGAGGAUAAAGAGAGAGUGUUUCCUCUCUAUUCAAAGGGCAAAGAACAAACCUUGUUUAAGUAUGGUGUGUUCACAUUAAACAAAAAUAUUAGCCAGUUGAGAUUCUACUUGGGACUAGGGACUCCAGAUCUCAGAACUACACUGCAAAAUAUCAAAACCAUGCUGGAGAAUAGGCUAGGAUUAAAACUGGAAAGCCAGACAGCUCUCCUGCGACCAGUGAGUGAAAGGCAAAGCAGUGAAUUUGAUAAAACAGACACUCAGAGCUCACUUGCAUCAUAUGGAAAAAUGGUUGAUUUCAGGAGAGAACUUAGUGUGCCAAUGGCAGAAGAAAAUUUGAGGCAAUCUCCACCUACUUUUCACAGCAAGAAAACUGAGGAUGACAUUUUCCAUCCAAGCAUGAAUGAUAAUUUUUUCAAAAUUUCCAAUCCAGUUUCAGAAAGAUUGGCUGAUUUUGACAGUGAAAUUAAUGGUGGUGCACAAGAUGGAGUAAAUUUUCACACAUCGUGGGACAGUCGUAGACAGGCGUGUGUAAAUGGUGUAGAGACGAGUGAUUGUAACGGUUCAGAGCAGGAAGAACAUAUCUAUGAAAGUAUUUCAGUCAGUGGGAACAGUGAACGUUUAGAGAAAUCUGAGAGGCAAUCAAAUAGUCCUAUAUCAUGAUUAUUGAUGAAUUGUGUUAAUUAUUAAGGGCAAAAUGAUAUUAAUGUUAUAAAUGCAUGACUGAGAAGUAUGUUCAUAUAAUGUUAUAUUAAGAAAAUAUUAAUAAAUUAUAAUUUUCAAACUGAGA